AUGUCGACGGUGGUCAGGGCCUUCUCGUCCGCCCCCGCAGCCCACGGCGCCGCCGGCGGCGUCUCCAUGGUGCAGGGCGCGUCGCGGGGCAUCGGGCUCGAGUUCGUGAGGCAGCUGCUGCGGAGGAGCGACCAGGGCCGCGUCGUGGCGACGUGCCGCGCCCCGGACUCCGCCGCCGAGCUCCAGGAGCUGAGGCGGGAGCACGCGCGGCGCCUCACCGUGCUGCCGCUGGACGUCACCGACGAGACCACCAUAGAGGCUGCGGCGGCCGCAAUUGGGGAGACCCACGGAUCCCUCGACCUGCUGAUCAAUGCCGCCGGCAUCCUUUCGAUCCCAAAUGUCAUACAGCCAGAGACCUCACUGAGCAAAGUUCAGAAGUCGUCCCUGCUACUGGCGUAUGAAGUGAAUGCUGUUGGACCUAUUCUAGUCAUCAAGCACAUGCGCCCGUUCCUGAAGAUUGGUGCGAGCUCGGAAACAGGGAAAGGUUUCUCGUUGGUUGCAAAUAUGAGCGCCAGGGUUGGCUCGAUAGGGGACAAUGGUUUGGGAGGCUGGCAUUCGUACAGAGCUUCUAAGACCGCACUGAAUCAAUUGACAAAGACCGCAUCAGUCGAAUUGGGCAAGAAGGACAACAUUGCCUGCAUUUUGCUACAUCCAGGAACAGUCGACACCGACCUCUCACGGCCAUUCCAAAAAAAUGUGGCCAAGGAUAAGCUUUUCACGAGGGAAUUCUCUGUACAGAAGCUCCUGUCCAUCAUCGACAAUGCCAAGAAGAGCGACAACGGGAAGUUCUUUGCUUGGGAUGGUCAAGAAAUCCCAUGGUGACCACUGUUUUCAGUCAGUGACCAUUCAACCACCCCCACUCCCUGUUAUUUUCUGUUUCUUUUUUUUAAUAUUCUUGUUUUGUCUUCGGAGCUGUUUGUGUUCCUUUUAGCCUUAAAUUCAAAAAUCUUGAAUCAAGCUCUAGUAAGAUCUCUGAUAUGGAAAACAUGGGAAGGAAUUCCCUUUCCUGGAAUAUUAUACAUAUAUGAACUUUACCACUGAGUACAAUCAAGCUUGUUCCUAGAA